CGCAAGAGCGUCCAACCAUCCCUUCAACCAUAAAAUCCUGGUUCGAUAUAUUAUUCACCGAUUCGAACGAACGGUUUUCCAUCAGGACAGACGAGGCGCGUGCGCGCGCACCUGUUAGACACGCUCCUGUCAGUGCGCAGGUGACAGAGGCGCACCGAAGGCUGAUUCGGGUAUCGACUCGGGUGUCGACUCGCAUCUCACGAUGGUCGGAAUGAGUUUCAUCUCCUUACUCCUCCUUUGCUUGACUGCCAUUGCCCAUGGCAACAAAGCCAACAAACACAAGCCAUGGAUCGAGACCGAGUACCAGGGCAUCGUCAUGGAGAACGACAACACCGUCCUGCUCAACCCACCUCUGUUUGCCCUGGAUAAGGACGCUCCUCUUCACUAUGCGGGUGAGAUCUGUGGAUUCCGGAUUCACAAUGGACCGGGUGGUUCUGGAGCGGCUCAGUUUGAGGCUGUAGUGUUGGACCGUUCAACUGGUGAGGGUCUGGUUCGUUCUAAAGAGCCACUGGACUGCGAGAGUCAGAGAGAACACAGCUUCACCAUCCAGGCUUAUGACUGUGGAGAAGGUCCUGAUGGCACCAACAGCAAGAAGUCACACAAGGCCACGGUUCAUGUUCGUGUGAACGACGUGAACGAAUUCUCCCCUGUGUUUGUGGAGCACCGUUACGAAGCAUCCGUCCCUGAAGGUCGUCUCUUUGAUCGCAUUGUACGUGUUGUAGCCCUGGAUGCCGACUGCUCACCUCAGUACAGUCAGAUCUGCUUCUAUGACAUCAUCACACCCAGUGUUCCAUUUGCUAUCGACAAUGAUGGUAACAUUAAGAACACUGAACCAUUAGACUCCAAGAAACAGAAGGUUUAUAACUUCUGGGUGACGGCAUUCGACUGUGGGAAGAAUCGAGCUCAAGCUGAUGCCCAAGUUGUGAUCACAGUGAAACCAUCGUGCAAGCCUGGCUGGAUCGGCUGGUCGAAGCGCGUUGAGUACACACCUGGUUCGGGCAGCAUCCCCCUCUUCCCCAGCUUGCGUCUGGAGACAUGUGAGGAAACUGUGUGGAACAUCCAGGCCACCGUAGAGCUUCAGACUGGUCAUAUUGGGAAAGGCUGCGACCGGGACAGUUACUCUGAUCGCUCUGUUAGAAGACUCUGUGGUGCUGUAAGGGGUGAGGUCGACCUGCUACCGCCCCCUUCCCCAGUAGCUAAUUGGACGGCUGCUCUGCCCACCCUACCCUCUUCAGAUUCAUCUUUAGUCUUUUCCUUCAAUGGCUCCACGCAUGUUGCCAUGGUGCCCGAAUCGGUCAUGUCGGCAGUUCCAGGAGAUCACUUUACCCUCCAGCUGUGGAUGAGGAGGGGCGGAGCCAGUGCUCAGCCGCCAGCCAAUCAGCCAAGAGGAGCUCGUAAAGAAGAAGAAACAAUUGUGUGCAGCACAGUGAAAAAUGAUGACUCAUAUUCACACUAUUCACUGUCCGUCCAUGGCUGCCGUCUCUCGCUCUUCUACUGGCCCGAUGUUUCUGCUGCACGACCAGUGAAAUUCCUCUGGAAGCUGGAACAGGUGUGUGACAGUGAGUGGCAUCACCUGUCCCUCAGCGUACAGUUUCCCUCUGUUACACUUUAUGUCGAUGGUGUAACUUUUGAUGCUGCACUUAUCCAUGACAAUGGUGCCAUCCCAAACCCAGCUCCACAUCAGCGUCUAGUGAUCGGAGCAUGCUGGGAUCUGGGGCUCAAGCAUAAAGACAACAACAGCAUCCCAGAGGGUACAGAGAGGUUUGUAGGUGGUUACCGGGGCUUGUUGUCUGGAGUAACGGUGCGUCCUGGAAGCGUGGAACCCCACAGUGUGGUGGAGUGUCUGUAUGCCUGCAGGGAGGGCCUGGAUUUUGGAGAUCUUGAGAGCCUUGGCUCAGGCAUGAAGGUGCAUGUGAACCCCAGUCAAUCUGUGCUGGUGUUGGAGGGAGACGAUAUCGAGAGCUUCAACCGAGCUGUUCAGCAGGUGACAUACAGAAACUCGCUGCGCUUCGCCACCCCGGGGGUGCGACCUCUCAAACUCAGCACAUCCCUCAGAUGUUCCAGCGAGGAUGGCUGCCUCUCUCUGAAACAGCUAGAAGGUUAUCUGGUGGUGCUCCAGCCAGACGCCCCUCAGAUCUCUUUGUCGGGUGUAGGACCACACUUGGCUCGUCCCGCCCCGGAAUUUGAGAUGGCGCACGGAGUGCCGCUGUUCCCUCAGCUCCGAAUCGUCUGCUCCCUCUCUCACUCUGUGAACACGGCGGCCCAGGACAUGGAGGGAGGAGCUCUCAUGUCAGACGCAGUAGCUCACACUCUGGAUGGAUGUGAGGUCCAACCGCUGGGGGAGGAGCUAAACCCAGAGAAGGAGGAGCUUCUGGUAGACAUGGAUACACUAAAAGAGAAAGGGUUGGACAUCAUCAACACAACGGCUUACAUCGCCAUCACUGGGGCGGAGUCUAUCUCAGUGUAUGAGGACAUACUGCGUUCAGUUCGUUACCGAUUAGCCAAGGGUACCGCCCGCUUCGAGAGGAGAUUCAGGCUGUCCUGUUCAGAAAUGAAUGGACGCUACACAAGUAACGAGCUCACACUGGAGGUGAAUUUCCUGCACUCUCUGGACAGUCUGUAUCACCCGUCACACCUGCUGGCCUCUCAGCAGCAGUUCCUCCACCCGUCUCAUCACACAGGAGAGCUGAGCGGACACACACUGCCAAACCCGCACCGCAACUCUGUGGUGCCAGGAGCCGCCACCAUCAUCAUCAUGGUGUGCGUGGGCUUCUUGGUGGUCAUGGUAAUCCUCGGUGUGUUCCGCAUCCGCUCCAUCCAUCGCCGAGGAGAGGGAUCCAGAGGUGCCGGCAAAGAUGGAAGCAACCAAUGGGAUGAUUCAGCCCUCACCAUAAUCGUCAACCCAAUGGAGUCCUAUGAGAACCGCAUGGGUAUUUCUGCAGACACAGAGGGCGAAGGUGAUGAGGAGGAGGAAGCGGUUGAGUCACCUGACGAUACAGGCGAUGACCAGCGAAUUAUCAUUAAGAAGGAGGGAAGAGACUCCACCCCCCGUCGCUACUGAGUCGAAUUUAUUCAUGCGUGUAAAAACCACCUGCACACCUAUAAUAAACAAUAUAAAACCACACACUUCCACUCACAUAUAUUCACAUGGCAUUAAUGUACUCGUAUCAGGCUUUGUGAAUGCAUUGUCUCUGGAAAAUAUGCCCACACACACUCACACACACUUACAAUGCAUAGCAUCCCACUCCAACGUUCAGUCAGUGCUCUGUCCACAUUUCACUCAGUGUAUGUAUGCACAAUGAUGUAAUAACCAUCAGUGAAUGUGACCACUGCACCAUAGUCAUACACUGAAACUCCGGGUAUAAUUACAGAUGAAUGUAAGCUAUGUGAUUUACAUUACUGUAGAAUUCAGCCUGUGAAGUUAAUCUUAUAAGUAAUGACAUUUUUACAGUAAAACAGUAGUGUGGUUGGUGUAAUUCAUAUAAUGUACAGUUUAGUUUGAAAUCUGUUCCUAAAACAUUCCUUCAGCUACAAGUUCAGCUUUGGAGAAUGAGUGUAAAUGCUAAUAAGCUAUGUGCAGAUAAAUUAGUCUCUCUGAACUGGACAUGACCUCAUUAUGAGAAUAUACGUCUGGAGAACCAUGUGAAGAAAUAAAGUUAAGGUCACAUUUAACAUAUAUUUUAAGCGACAUGUGGAUCAUGACAGUCUUGGGAUUUCAAGAUUUUAAUCCAUCUCUAACCCUCCUUGUAUGCCCGUCCCAAAUUGAAAUUUUAAUGCUGGAACUGUGACAUGCUGGCUGAAGAGGGCAGACACAAUAAUGCAGUCCCUUUGGUGAUUGCAGUUGCCAGCUGCAUAUUUCUACCUGACAGUGGUGGAGUCUCACAGAGAGCCAAAUCGUGUAUGGUGAGAGACAUUAUGAGCUCCAGAUUAUUCAUCACUAGUGCCUAAACCAGACAGCAGAGGCCACAGUUGGAUAGUGGCAAUGAAUUUGACUUACCUAUGUCAACAGUGUAGGUGCCCAGCAAGGAUGAAAGCACUGCAUGGGAUUCAAGCUCAACAGUGCUGAGUGAUCCAUAUACAUAAUGUAACUGGAAUUAGUUAAAUGUUAUUUUUGUGGCAUGACCUCCUAAUUUCUAGUUAGUUACUAUUGACUACAGCUGGUGACUUCGUUUUACCCGUAUAACUAGGGCUAGUUUGAUUGUCUUUUAUUGCCAAGGCUAGAAGGACUCUAAUGUUUUCUCAGUCAAGCUUUUAAGGUGCUAAUUUGCAACAACCUUUAAGCCUAUGCUGAUAAAAAGCUUGCUUUACUGUGGACAGUGACAUCUGUGUUCCCGCUACUUCCAGUUCAUGUCCCUUGCAAGUAUACAUUACACUUACAAGUAUUUUUACAAGUAUUUCAACUGUAUGCUAGAACAUGUAAAAAAGUGAAAUUUUUAAGAUAGGGUAAUGCCAUGUGAAGGUGAAGCUAAAUAAGUUGUGAUUGAAUGGGGGCUGCAUCCCAAAUUCCAUACUACCUUACUAAAAAGCAACAAUGUUAUUAAUUUGCAUAAAAAACAAUAACUAACAAUAAGAAAACUGUAGACAAAUAAUACUAGAAAACUGUGAAAAAUUAAAUAAACACUAACAGUAACCUACAACAUAAGCAAAAAGGUUUUUUUUUUUUUUUUGGUUUUUUUUUAAUGUGUAAAGUAUACGAGGAAGUUGUUUACCAGGCUAUAAUUACUGUAGAUUUGAUGAAGUAAAUGGUGUCUUAGACUAAAACUAAACUGAAAGAUUUUAGUCCUAAAACUGCUUAAAAAUGAAAAAAUAAAUAUAAUUAACAUAAAUAAAAAUGUCAUAAAACAUUAUAAUCUGCUGUAAAGUAGGUCAAAAGUACUAAAUCACUGGUGUUAUUACAUACUACUCAGUAUAUGGUAUGAAGUUUGGGAUGCAGCACUGGCAACGAGCGUUAUUUUACCAUACAUUCAGGCUACUAUGGCUAAAAAGUCUCAAAUUAAACAUUUUGUUUGCUGCAUGUUGUAAAACAGUCUGAUAUGCUGCCUCACUUCUGUUGUGGAUUUUACUCCUGAUGGUAAACGUCCUCAGACUAAAGAAAAGAAGUUAGUCACUGUGGGAAAGCCUUUAUGUUUAGCCUGUACUCUCUUUCUUAGAACUUCACUAUUACCUAUUGAAAGGAAUUAGGUUCUCCAGACAUGUUUUCUCAUCACAUCUGGCUUUGUUAUACUUCCGGUAACGUGUAUCUCUCUGCUGAAAACUCACACGCACACCACACACAGACAAAUAAGCAUAUACUGUAAACAGGAAGCUCAAUAUACACUGCACACUAUUACUUGCUAUGACAGGUUGUAAGUUUUCCACACUACACAUCUGAAUGUUCGCUCAGCUUGGGCAGUUUUGAUUGUAUUUAAAUGUAUGUAAAUACAAAUGACUAUUAUUAUGAUUAUUAAUAUUUUGUUAGUUCUGUUGUUCUGAUCCAUAUUCAGUCUUUGCACUUUUAAAAUGGGCUAGUUAUUAUUUUCUAUUCUUAUUAUUUCUCCAAUGAUUAGUAAUUCUAUAAUUCACAGUAUAGUGAUAAGAAUAUUAGAAAUAAUAACAGUCCUGAAUGGCUUUAUGAGUAUUUAUUUGUUUGUUUAACUGUGUAAUUUAAGAAUUGUUAAUAUAUAAAUAACAGAUGGCACAUUGUUGUUAUAUUUAAUUUUUCACUCUCAUCGGUACAUCUCUUUUCUAUCUUUCCCUUUUCUGUUCUUAGUGUUUUUAUUUCUGAAUAUACACCCAUGACCCAUGAUCACGUGUGUUUUCUCUUGCUCUCUCUGUCUGUGUCAGUGUACAGUGAAAAUCAUGUCUGUUAUAAUAAAGGCCUGGUGUUUUUCAAUGUGAUACAAAGAAUGAAUAAAUUGCAUUAUUAAAUGAUGUGACUAUGAUCACUACUGAGAUAUCUACCUAAAAUCAUAACUGAUACAGUAACUAUUAACUGAUUGUUAUUGAAAACUGUCUAAAUAACAAAAGCUGUUCAAAGGUUCAUAAUAAAAUCACUCGGAUGACUUCAGAA